AUGGCUUACAGCGGUCAUAGUGCUCAGAGCAAUGGCUUCCUCCAGACAGCAGGAAAAGGAGCUGCUCCUACAGCCCACCGAGGGACAAAUGACUUGCAGCUGGUUCGUGAUGCCCUUCGCAGCCUCAGGAACAGUUUCAGUGGUCACGAUCCACAGCACCACACCAUUGACAGCCUGGAGCAGGGCAUCUCCAGCCUAAUGGAACGGCUGUACCGCAUGGAAACACAGAAGAGGCAAGAGAGAUGGAUCCGGGGAAAAUCACCAGCAAGCAGAGCAACAAAUGAGUGUAGAGACUCCUGGCCUCCCAAAUUCAAACUGCCUCAUUCUCACAGCACACCCGUGAUGAACACCAGUGCCUGCACCAAAGUGUUGUACUUCACUGACCGCUCCCUCACACCUUUCAUGGUCAACAUACCAAAGAGGUUAGGGGAAGUGACUCUGAAGGAUUUUAAGGUAGCUAUUGACCGUGAAGGAACCCACCGGUACCACUUCAAAGCCCUGGAUCCGGAGUUUGGCACAGUGAAGGAGGAGGUAUUCCAUGAUGAUGACAUCAUUCCUGGUUGGGAGGGGAAAAUUGUGGCCUGGGUGGAAGAAGACCAUGGGGAGAAUUAAUCAAGCUUUUAAGUCUUGUCGCUAUGGAAACCUGUAACUGGCUGCUGAGCUCAAAGAAUGACCAAAAAGCAUGUGUGCUGGAAGGAGUCCAAUUCAAGCUGCCAAAAAAGAGGGUUUCUCUGCAAACAACGGGUAAUGCAUGUUGUGUGCAUGGACGCCUGGCAUCUGACUUUCCAUGGCCAAAUGCAGACAGUGUUCUGAGACUGAAAUGUCAGGUCUGGGAAAGAAACACCUUGCUUUGUCCUGUCAGCUAAGCCCUGAAGGCCUUAAUGAUGCAUUGCUCCUUUCCCCUGCUUCUCCAUUCCUGCAAUAUGUGCUGCAGACUGUGAUCUGGGGAUUUCAAGUCUGGUUUCUUGUACAUGGUAUUCUAUAAAUCUGCACUGAUGGCAAAAAUGUGAAGCUUU